UUGGUUUUGAUGUUGGGACAGCCGGCUGUGAGGCUUACAUCACUGACGAAAUCUAUUGGCUUACUCCCUUGUCACUCUGAAGUGCUACUUCAGCGGGCUGGUUAGCCUCUCUUGUAACUCAUAUUAUACUCCUCAGAGCGAGGCGGAAAGUGAAAAUGUUGCAGACCUAUGGCGCCGGUGCUGGCUGAAUGGAAGCAGUCGUCAACUGAAAACUCGAAGAAACGUCUUGAAAUAUCGGCCAGGAGACUUUAUCUCACAUCAAUACGCCAAAGACUGAACACCUGAGUUCUCUGUGGUCUGCCAGCCCUCCUCUGUGGUCUCCCCAUGCCUCCAUCUCCCCUUGACGACAGAAUUGUGGUGGCGCUGUCAAGGCCUAUCCGACCUCAGGAACUACACCUCCACCUGGACACCAGCUACCUGGAGGCCACAGUGGGCACUGUCAGCAAAUCGGUGAUCAGCAGCACCACUGUGGUGAAGAUCCAGGCGAACAACCUAACGUAUAUGCCCUCGUCCAGUGGCUCCACACGCUCCCUGACGUGUGGGUGCAGCAGUGCCAGCUGUUGCACAGUGACCACUUACGAGAAGGACAACCAAACCCAGGCCCCGACCCUGAGCCAGGUUAGCACAAGUAGCCCCAACUUGAACUCCGGAGUCGGCUUUGGUGGCCAUGGCAGCAUCCCCCUGCCGACGGCGAGCCCAAGCGAGACCCACAGUGCGCCCAGUCUCACUGUGGGGCUCCCCCGCUCCGGCGUGCGGGUCAUCCUUCCAAACGAGUUGGCUCAGAAGAUGACACACUGUCCCAUGGGCCACCCGGUGGGGCCCGUGCCCGUUAUCAUCGACUGCAGGCCCUUUUUGGACUACAACAAGAGCCACAUCACGGGCGCUGUGCACAUCAACUGCUCGGAUAAGAUCAGCCGUCGGCGCCUCCAGCAGGGCAAGAUCACUGUGCUGGAUCUCAUCUCUUGCCGCCAGAGCAAAGAGUCCUUCAAGGGGAUUUUCUCCAAAGAGAUCGUCGUUUACGACGAGGGCACGGUGGACCCUGGCCGGCUAUCACCCUCCCAACCCCUACAUGUGGUUCUUGAGUCUCUGCAGCGGGAGGGGAAAGACCCCAUCGUUCUCCGAGGAGGUCUCAGCAGUUUCAAACAGGGCCAUGAGGAACUGUGUGAGCACUCACUCCACCUUCAGGAUGGCCAGGAUGCUGGUGCUGCUGUCAGUCUUGCAGGGGCGCUACCUCAUUCCCUGCCGUCCACCCCUGACAUUGAGAAUGCAGAGCUGACAACCGUCCUGCCCUUCCUGUACCUGGGUAAUGAGCGUGACGCACAGGACCUAGACCAAAUGCAGAGGAUGAACAUCGGAUACAUCCUCAAUGUCACCACUCACCUCCCACUUUACCACUAUGAUCUUGGCCUCUUCAGCUAUAAGCGCUUACCCGCUACUGACAGCAACAAGCAGAACCUUCGUCAGUACUUCGAAGAGGCCUUUGAGUUUAUCGAGGAGGCUCACCAGGCGGGGAAAGGGCUGCUGAUUCACUGCCAGGCUGGCGUGUCCCGCUCUGCCACCAUCGUCAUCGCCUACCUGAUGAAACACACCUGGAUGACCAUGACGGACGCCUACAAGUUUGUCAAGAUGCGGAGGCCCAUCAUUUCACCCAACCUGAACUUCAUGGGCCAGCUCCUGGAGUUUGAGGAAGACCUCAACAACGGCAUCACCCCACGCAUCCUCACACCUAAACUUAUUGGAGUAGAGACUAUCGUGUAGGACCUCCACUUUAGGGCUGUGAAGUUAGGCCUGAAUCCCAACGCCUUGGGCCCUGCUUUGGGCCGGUUGCCAUUAAGAGAGUUGCCUCUUAAGAAGAGUCCACUGGUUGACGUUCAGAAAGGAUGAAGAGUAAGAAAGGCAAGAUUUUUAGACAGCAGAGGCAGAAGAGGACUGUCCAUGUGAGAUGUACAGCCUUCAGAGAGAGCAAGGUAUUUGUACUUGAGUUCGGACAUCGAAAAAUGAAGGAAAAACGCAUGAAUCUUAUUUUGUCCCUAAAGAUUUUCAGCACGCUCUAACCUCUCUAUGGUUGGAGAGAAACACUGUGUUAUGCCUAUACUGUGUCUCUCAGCUGUUGGUGCUGGCCAGUUUCUAGGCAGAGCCUGGUCUUUUGCUUGUCCGAAAUGAUGAAGACUUGUUUGGUGUGUCUGUGUUUUUGCUCUAUUUUUAUACAAGAGUUGACCAUGAUGAGCCUUCAGUGGCUUUACUGUGCAAUAAUUUCUGAGUAGAAUGCAUUGGGGCUUAAUCUGUGUGUAUGUGUGUAUGUAUGUGUGUGUAUGUGUGUGUGUGUGUGUGUGUGUGUGUGUGUAUAUGUAU